AUGCAUUCAGCAGUACAUCUGGCAGUGUCAUUGGAUUAUUCAUUUCCUAAGCCGUACCAACAUUCUCGUCAUAAUUAUCAUGUUAGCGGCAUACCCUCUGAUAUUAUUCUUAGUAAGAACUUAAAGAUAUCAGAUGAGCCUACACCAACAGCACCCAAAUAUUCAAAGAUACCCAUUAGUAAGAUAUUCAGAACCAAUACCCUUAGUGAAGAUCCAUUGGAUAAUAUUCUUGAACAAAGCAAACGAAUUAUUAGUAACUACAAGCUUGAGUUACCGUAUAAGGUCCAGUCAGACAAUGCAAGCACUCCCAAAAAGAACAACGACACGGCUCAGCAAACUACAAUAAGAUCUAAACGUAAAAGACAAAUUUCUCAGGAUGAUAAAAUAGAAAUAUUGAAAAACGAAAUUGAAAAUGCAACUUCCAGUAAGCUCAAUACGCCAAUCCCCAAUAAGACGAUUUUCUUUUCACCCUCAAGUUCAGUAAAGAGAGAUUUGAAACAAUCUACUCCAGUCUCAGUCCGAAAUGAUGCACAAUUGAACAUGGAAAGGCCAUCAAAGAAAUUUCUUAGGUUGGAUAAAGCAAUAGUUGUAAAGGAUCAUCAACAAAAGGAAACUGGAGAUCAGGUAGAAUAUCAUUCGGAAGAAGUUGACGACUCUCAUUAUGACGAGUUGGCAUGUCACGCUGAUAAUAUCUUGCGAAUGGCUGUUGAUUCAACCAUGUUGGGAUCCACUUUUGAUGGGUCUUUUUCGAUCAACAAUACAUUUGCAAAUUAUUCAAUAUUAGAUGAUAAAGAUGAUUAUGACAGGAGUGUGCUUGAGAUUUUGCAAUCUAGACAGGAGAGAAGAUUGGAUAAAUCCAAAUUCAUAAAUAUUGAAAUUAAUGCCGACGAUAUUAAAGCAGCAGUACAUGGAAUGUGA